AUAUUUGUCUUAUGUGCAUAAGAUCAGAGUAGCUUUAUGCAUUUCAUUUGAAAUGUAUUUGUAGGAGAUAUUCGGAAAUGCUAUGGUCUCAGUAACUUUCCUAAACCGGUAGAGUACGUCGAGAAAAAAGCCACGCUGUUUCGUGCUGCAUGCUCUCGCUUUGUUUUUUUCUUGUUCAGUACAUUGACUGUUCAGCAUGUAUGUAGUACGUUAAUAUCUUACAUGUAAUUUUCGGGCAUAUGUGUUUAAACAGGUUUAUGGAUGAAUAGUUGUCCUUUUGAAUACCUCUGUGAAUGAAUGGCAAACACUGCAAUGCCAGUCAGGAGUGGAACUGCAGUAUUUCUAGAGCUUAGGAAAAGGCUUCGGAGUGGUUUAGUCAUUAUAAGAAAAGAUGUGGCUCAAAAUCUUUCAGAGACUAUUGUUACUGGUGGAGAGUCCAUGCUUCACAUAAAAACACCCGAAAUGCAGGUAAACCUGACUUUACCACCAGGGGUCACCUUUGAGCCAGGAUCUGUCAUACCUACUACAGCUGGAGACCACUGUAAAGAGGAGCUGCAUUUUAGGCUGCGCAUUACUACAGCUCAGCACAAAGAGGUUUCUGACAAGGUGAUGGAGACACUCCAAGCUAAAGAGACUUAUUGCUUCCACUGCCAGACCUGCAUGACCAGGCUGCUGGAGGACAGAUCAUUCCGGAGAGUCCUUCCUCUCCCAAAUGGAAAUUGGAAUGCUAUUGUGGAUGACUGGUGUUGCCAUCCGGAUCCCUUCGCUAACAAGAAGUUGUUGCCUCGAGCAGAGGACUGUUUACUUGGCGAUACCUUCCUGCUUUUAGCCAGAGAUGGGAGUGAACACACCCUUACUGAGGAAAUAAGCCCAGUUAGUGCAGUGGACAGCCAGGAUCCAAAGAAGCCAUGCCGUAGGCUGAAAGUCCUCUCAUGUAAGAGCUGUUCUUCAGAACUAGGUGAAGCAGUAGCACCAGAGAUUUUAAAGUUGUACAUCACACAGGUGGUUGUGGAGCGAUGUGUAGGAGACCAAAGGUCAGAGUGUUCACUUAGCAGAUCUCUCUUCUUGGAGAGAACGGUGGCAGACAAAUUGUGUGAGCUCUCAAACUCUCUGAGCACCUUCCACUUUUCUGUCCAGACCCCUGAUGGAAAGGCUUUUUUGUUGAUUUGGCUUUUGAACAAUGACUCCAUUGUAGCAUCAAUCCCAUGGUCACACAUUGAAAAUGUGAGGUCCUCAUCCUUAGACUCUCUGAGUCCUUCACCCAGUGCUACAAGAGCCUUGAAAGUACUCUACAUCUCCUGCUCUGACACUGGCAUCCAGCAAAAAGACAUAGUGACAAAUUGGGAGGUCAACUCCAUAGGACAUCCUCUGGUGCUACCAAAGAAGGUGUGUGAAGAGCUGCAGCGAGUGAUGGAUGAGAGCAACGCCACACUCCCCGCAUCUUUGAGAUGCAUGCAGUCAUAUCAGGUGGCCUAUCUGAGACUGUGUGUUCCAAGCCCUCACUGUGAAGAUGGACCAGCGUGUGGAAACGUGCCGUGCGGUUAAGGUGACAGAGACCUGACACUUCUGUUUUGUCAGACUGGAGAGGACAGUUUGGAACAAAUGCUCUUAAUUUUCUCUUUUGUAUUUCAAUCACAUUUCAAAACUGCUAAGUGCUGUAUUAACAUCCAAACAGGUCUAAAGUUGAGGUACGAUAUUUUGAGACCGUGAAAGGAGUUGAGUAUUUUUAACUGUUAACCUUGUUACUCAAACUUGAUCCUUGGAGUUUAUAUGUAUUCUUUUUUUAUAUCCCACACACAUUAAACAGUGCUUUUCUGUCAUAGUUUUUCUCUUUUGUCUGUUUUGUAGAUGACUGGUGGGACAUUGUUUCAGAGUUCAGUUCUAGUAAAAGCUUAUUACAAAGACACUGGAGCCUGAGGGCACAGCAGUACGUAAUUACAGCUCAUGGAGUUAGGUGAUGUUUGUCUCUUAAUCUAUUUUUUUGUUUGAUAUUGUUAUAUAACACAGAAGAAAACCCAAAACAAAACAAAAAAAUUUUUCUUUUUAUUAAUCAAAUGCACAGUUUUACAACUUAUUUAAUGGGCUAGGAGUUAACACUGCGGCUAACAUUUCUUAUCACUUUGUUUUGUACACCAUCAUUAAGCACUUAGAUGAGUCAGUUUCAUAAUAUAAUACCGUAUUUUUAUUUAGAUUUUUUGAAGUUGUCUGACCUAAUUUGGAAGAAUACACUGUCUGGUAUACUCCUGCAUUCAUAUGUAAACUGUAAUUUAAAUAGCGGUUGGUGGGAAAAUGCUAAUUGUCUGCCAUAGUUUUUACACUAAACUCCUCCACAUGCCCAAAGCACCUAGAAUGACACAGCACAACCUCAGGGGGAGUUAAUAGUCACAGGCUGUUUCUAAGUUGUAAUUGGGUAGGUAAUAUUCAGUAAUUGUAAUUUUAAUAUUUAUGCAAUUUCAGAAAACUAAUCAGCACCGGUCACAUAAUGAAACAAUCAUAUGCUAAACCUUCACCAUAUAUUUCUUUCUUAUCAGUGCAUGCAUGCGUCUGUUAAAUGCUGCUAGUGACUAUUACUCCAAGAAAAAACAAAGGAGUAUUGUGCUCAUCGAGGCAGCAAAGCUGGGAGUGAAUUGGCUAAUUAAAUACGUCCAACUCCAAAACCAUCAAGGGCUCCUCGUUUCCUUUCUGCCCUUUCCAGGCAAGUGCAAAUGAAGUAGGCUCUAAAUAACCCAUUUGUUUCAAGUCCGCUGAGCCUAAGGAGCCACUCCACAUUAUACUGGCUGCCACUGCUGCCGCUGUUUUGAAGUACACACCGACUGAACCGUUCGGCCCCAAGGAAUUGUGGGAGCUCUUUGUCAUUCUCUCCUUGAUGAUCGACAAUGCAAGUGUCAAAUUAAAGGUUUGGGGCCAGUGCAGUGUGGUCUGUUGACACUGUGCAGCUCAUUAGCCCAUUGAGACAGUCUGUGCAUGAAAAAUACCAGUACAAAGGUCUAGUCAUACUAGUCUUACACUCAGGGAUGAUAAUUACAUGUUAGUUUAGAAGCUAGCCUUUAUGCUUGUGUGGUGCACAUACCAAGAUGGGGAUUUUUAUUCAAAGAUGAAAUUGUUUUGUUUUUUUUCCUUUGAGGCUGCCACAGCAAAUUAUCUGCCUUCUACCUUUCAGUAUUUUUUUUUUAAGCAUUCAGUAUUAUGUUUUGUCUGGUGCCCCUAGCUUUGGGUUGUAUUGUACCUGUAUGUUAAUCCAUUGAGGAGUUGAUUACAUCUGUUUUACCUAAUUUUCUGUUUUUGUUUUUAGCACUUAUAAAACAAUAAAAUUACCUCCAGAUCCAAUAAGCUUUGUCAGACAAACUCUAGAAAUAGGAUGCCAAUCAACACUGUUUCUUGGUGUGAAAGGUGUGCAGCUGGUUGUAAAGGGCAGUGCAGUUUUUUAUACCAUAUCAUCUUCUACUUCACAGAGAAAAAAAAUUCCCUGCACCACAUCGUGAUAGCCCACAUAUGGAACGAUCAAGUCUACCAGGAUACAUUUCAGAUUGGAUUUUACAGCUCUUUGCGUUUCCUAAUGUCAUUGAUAUUAUUUCCGGAUUAAGUGAAACAGUGAUGUGUGAGAUUACAACAAAGGCCGGCGCAGUUACAGAGGGUAGUUUGGAGAGGUCAAGCCUCUAAAGCUCGUCUCAUCUAUCAGAGGAAAUGAGCCAUUAGAUUGAGUUCCCAUUUUAGUCACCCAGUCUUAAUGGGUCAUCUAUAUUCACCAUCUACAAACUUGGGAAAGAAGAGGAAUCACAUAGUUUGUUAUAGUUUACUAUAUCCACUGUGUAUAUCAAAAUAAAGCUAUAGAGGAUGCGCCUGGAAUUAUUUUAGUCAUUCAUCAUACUUGCUUGUUUGUUGUUAUCUGAAGCCUAGAAACUGUAAUGCAGGGCUGAGG